AUGGCAGAAGAUUCACACUCUUUCACCAAAACCCCUUUUCAAGAUCUAAAUCAAACUUCAUCACUACCCACAAAACCCCCAAAAAGUAAGUUGCUUUUUAUACAUUAUUUCAUAUCUAAAUCUUUAAUUACUAUACUUGUUAUUCUUGUUUUCUUAUACUUCCCUUCACAAGUUCCUGAUUAUUUUAAGAAUACUACCAUAGUUACUAAGAUUUGGGACCUUAUUUAUCUUUUAGUUAUUGGCAUUGCUGUUUGUUAUGGAUUAUUUAGUAGAAAAAUAGAUACUAGUGAUCAUAGUUGUGAUGAUGAUGAUAACGUUAAAGAGACAUAUUUGUCUGAAAUUUCGCAUAUAUCGUCGAUUUUUGAAAAUGGGGUUCAGGGUUUUAAUGAGUUUGGUGAGAAAGAUUUGUUUGAGGAAUUUAAGGGUUUGGGUUCAAGAUUUAAUGGAUUUGGGAAUGGGAAACCUAAAUUAGUCAAGGAAAAUAAGGGCUUGUUUUUGCCUGUGCGGAAUCUUGGAACGAAUAGUGUUGGGAAACCGCUUGGUAAAGAUUCUUCAAACGAUGAAAUUGAUGUUGAGAAAUUGGGUAAACCGGAUACGAUAGGAGAAAGUAAGCCGUUGUGUUUGCCUGUGAAAAAUCUUGGAUCAAAAAGUUUGGAUUCUGCUAGUGGGAAGUCGGGUGUUAAAGAUUGGUUUAGUGAUUGGGAUGAUACUAAAAAUGGAAAGUUUAGGGGUUUGGUGCCCAUUAAGUUGGAGGAAAAGUUUAAAGAAAAUGAUUCUGAUUCUGAUUCUAAUGAUAAUUCUGAUUCUGCUCCUCGAACUCCAUUGAAUUGGCGUUCCAAAUCUAUGAGAUUAGAGAAACGAGUGGAUGUUAGUACUUUAGAGACAAAAGAAACUUCCAAUAUUAGGCCUUUUUCUGCUGAUGUUGAUCUUAAAGAUCUAAAAUCACAAUCAACGAGGUAUUCAAUGCCACCCCAUAUGAAGAAAAUUUUUUACAAAGAAGAAUCAAAAGGCAUGGAACCUAAUUUAAAUGUUGGCGCAUCAUUCAUGGAGACUAAACCUCGAGUAACUAGCCUUGGUAGUUCUUCUGAGAUGAACAACUGUAGUAGCUCUAAAGAAAUUCUGAAAGAUUUAGAGAAGAUCAAAGUUGAUGAUGGCUCAUUGGAUUUAAACAAGAAUGCACCUUUUAUAAAGUCAAAAAGUCAGCGAUCUAGCCUUGGUGUAACUUCUGAGAACGUCUUGGAGACAAAAGAGAAACCAGAUUCUUCAAAUGUGAUCAAAAAACCGGCCACUGUUGCAAAUACUUACAAAAGGGGUAAAUCAGUCAGAACAAAUAGACCAAAAGAACAAGUUAUUGAGGCAGUCGAUAAAAACUUUCCUGUUCAAACUGAUGAUAAAGUUGAAACAAGAUCAAAAAGAGAGACUAAUGCAAUAAAUGUGGUAGCCGAGGAUCUGAGUGACACAGAACCGUAUUCUGGUGAGGUGGAUAGGAAAGCUGAAGAGUUUAUAGCCAAGUUUAAAGAGCAAAUUAGACUUCAAAAAGUGGCGUCUAUGAGAAAAUUAUACCUUUAG